AGUGCUGGUGCGGGCGCUCGCUCGCUCUCUAUUUGGAAUAUGGUUGGGGAAAUGGAAACGAAGGAGAAGCCCAAGCCGAGCCCCGAUUACCUGAUGCAGUUGAUGAACGACAAGAAGCUCAUGAGCAGCCUCCCUAACUUCUGCGGGAUAUUCAACCAUCUCGAGAGGCUGCUGGACGAAGAAAUUAGCAGAGUACGGAAAGACAUGUAUAACGACACAUUAAAUGGUAGUACGGAGAAAAGAAGUGCAGAGUUACCUGAUGCUGUGGGACCUAUUGUACAGCUACAAGAAAAACUAUAUGUGCCUGUAAAAGAAUAUCCAGAUUUUAAUUUUGUUGGAAGAAUUCUUGGGCCUAGAGGGCUAACAGCUAAACAACUUGAGGCUGAAACAGGAUGUAAGAUAAUGGUCCGAGGCAAAGGGUCCAUGAGAGACAAGAAAAAGGAAGAACAAAACAGAGGCAAGCCCAAUUGGGAACAUCUGAAUGAAGAUUUGCAUGUAUUAAUCACUGUGGAAGAUGCUCAAAAUAGAGCAGAAAUUAAAUUGAAGAGGGCUGUGGAAGAAGUAAAAAAAUUACUGGUACCUGCAGCAGAGGGAGAAGAUAGCCUUAAAAAGAUGCAGUUAAUGGAACUUGCAAUUCUGAAUGGUACCUAUCGAGACGCCAAUAUCAAAUCACCAGCCCUUGCCUUUUCUCUUGCAGCAACAGCCCAGGCUCCAAGGAUUAUAACAGGGCCUGCGCCUGUUCUCCCACCAGCUGCCCUGCGUACCCCUACGCCAGCUGGCCCUACCUUAAUGCCUUUGAUCAGACAAAUACAGACCGCUGUCAUGCCAAAUGGAACUCCUCACCCAACUGCUGCAAUAGUUCCCCAAGGACCUGAAGCUGGUUUAAUUUACACACCUUAUGAAUAUCCCUACACACUGGCACCUGCUACAUCAAUUCUUGAGUAUCCUAUUGAACCCAGUGGGGUAUUAGGUAUGGCUUUCCCAACGAAAGGCUAAGAAUUCAAGAAUGGUCUUAAAUGAACCUCAUCAGAGCUGACUUUUAACAAAUGUUUAGUUUUCAGCAGCCUUGAAAAAAAUGUAGCCUAGCAGUCAGUGACUUACUUGCACUUUUUUGCACAUAGAAAUAAAAAUGCUAUUAAUUUGAUGUAGCCUGUGCUAUGGCAAGGUAGCUGUGAUUUAUGAGUGUAUGGUAGUAUACUGACUGCUAUGUAUUCUGUACUAUUUGCUUUACUAAUCACCUAAUUCAUUGCAGUUCACAGUUAUUGACUUAGUUUUUAAAACAGUCUGUAGGCUUGAGGAAUUGUGUUAUAAUUUUUUUAAAUGAUAAAAACUGGAAGUUGUUUAAAAAUUUGUAAAAAAAACCUUCAGUAUUAAAAAUGGCAUUAUUUAAGAUAGUCCUGCUGCAAGGAAGGCACUUCAGUGAAUAUGUGACUAGUAAAGCUCAAUUGUCUUUGGGUCUAGUAGAUUUCAUGAAAUACUGUAAUCAAGUUUGUAAAUGAAUGCAGGUUAAGGCCUGGAUGUUUAAAAUAAAUGCAAUAUUAAUCUGCACAGAUAUAAUUCAUAUAUUAAGGUUAAAAUUUGAAACUACUGUGCCUUAACAUGUUGCUUUCUUUAAAUAGUAUUUUAAGAAAGUGAUCAUUUAAAAUCCAUUUUAAUAAGCCUGCUGUUAAUGUUUUAUCAAAUGUUUUCUAACUGUCUUGGUAAUUGCAAUUUAACUAGGUGCGGUGGCUACUAAAGUUCGAAGGCACGAUAUGCGUGUCCAUCCUUACCAAAGGAUUGUGACCGCAGACAGAGGUUAGUUUAGUUCUGCAGUUCUUGCUUAUAAGAAAUGCUUUGAGUGUACAUGGAAAUUUGCAACACCACAAGUGGUUAAUCAAAUUCUAUUUUGACUGUUUUAUUGAUGUUUAUAUUAAAUUGAAGUGAACAUAACUCUUUUCUGGCAAUUUAAAACUACUGUACCCUUUCUAUCAAAAAUCUACACACACACACACACACACUUCAGUGUGUUGAGUAUACAAAGUUAUAACUUCCUUUGUGAGCACUAUGAUUUAAUUCUAGUAGGUGUCAUAUUGUUGGGUCAUUUGAUUUUCCUUUGGGACUCUUAAAUAAUUUGAGAUAUUUCAAAUUGGUGUUGCAAAAUAAAAUGAAUGGAUGAGUGCUUAAUAAGGUAGAAGUAAGUGCUAUAUGUAUUAUUUCAGGAGAAAAUUGAAGAUUUAUUUCCUCUCUGCUGACAAGUUGUUUGUGGCAUUUGCCCUAAAAUCUCCACAUUUAACAAGGAGAGUAAAAGUGAUAUAUCUCAAGUUUGAGUGUGUUUUCUUAGCUUCUAGGAUUUUAAAAAAUGUAUUUGCAACUAAAAUUCAUUUUUUGAACUUAGUACUUUUGAUAUUUUGGUAGGCAAAGCAAAAAACUUGCUUGGCUUGGUUAUUGAAGGGAAAAUAAGUUUUCAUUUUCUCCUUUAUAUGAUGCAAUUUACAUUCCUUGUAAAUUUAUAGGCCUUUGAAUGAUGUUCUUUUCUUGUGAGAAAUGACUUCUCGGUUUAUUGACAUUGAAUUUACUACUGAAAGCAGUAUGACAGUUCAGGAACAUUUGUUCCACUGUAAUAUUGUUUUGGUUUCUGAAUUUGGCAAUUCAGUUGUGAUAUCAAUAUACCUCCUGUAGUUGACAGAGGUAUUGUGAGGAUUAACUUAGGUUGUAUUGUCUGAUUAGAAUGCAAAAUUUUAGUUGUUGGAGUACAUUUGUAAUAUUGAACUAGAAUAAAUUCAGAUAAUAAGAAAUUUUAUUGCAAAAUGAUAUUUCAAAUCCUAAAUUAAUACCAGUGCCUUUAUUUUUAACUUUUAACCAGUUCUUGAGCUCAUGCCAUAGGAGCUCAUUGUUAGAAACAUUCCAAACUAGAUAGGUACUUUCUGCAGUAUUUCAGAAAUGCCACAUUGUAUUUUAAAAGAUUUUCUUUUCUGAAAAAAAAAAACAUUGUUGUUUGUAUUGAAUCACCGUUAUGAAUGUUCACUUCUGAGAAAAAUACCUUUUGUACAUAUAAUGAGGGAGCAAGAUCAUGCAUUCCUACUUCCAUUCUUCUUGGAUGCCACAUGUGAGUGUUGUUUAAUGUGAAAAAAAUAUGCUAUAAACUCACUUUAUUGAUUCUUCUCUUUUGCAAAUUAUGGUCCCAUGUGGAUAUCUAAAGUUAACGGAAUCAGGACAGAUAUAUCAACUGGAAUGGGGAGAAAAAUCAUAUUUCACUGCUGAUUGAGACAACUGUGUUGGAUAGUUACUGGGCCAGAGAAUCAACUAGUUUUUAAGUUUUUGUAUCUAGAAGACUUUGAAGUUUGGGCGCUAGUUCAGUUUGUGACUGAAUUUUUAAUUGUAUCUAGAGUUGGCAGUUAUUAGAAACAAUGUUGUGUAAGUUUAGGAGAGAUUUGUUAAAACUAAUUUGCAGACAUUGUAUUAAGAUAUAUAUUUAUAUUUUAUUAAGAUUUGAGAGCAUGUAGCAUGCACUUUAGUAGUAGAUUGUUCCAAAGUACAUCUUAGUUAUAAUUACCAUUGUAUAGACUAUUUUCUCCCUAAUAAUUGGUUUUACUAAUGGUGGUAUAUGAUUCAGAUAAACGUGACAUAAGUGAACAUGAUGAAUAAUUCCAGAUUCCAUCAAACUCUGAGGUGGCUUUGUUUAUUUGUUUUGAAUUGUGGACAGUAGUUUAAAAGAGUAGAAGAUUAUACUAGUUUUUGUCAUUAAUAGAUUUUUUUAUUUAUAUCACUUGGUUCCCCAUUCAAGUUUCAUUUGUUGCGUGCAACCAAGUUGAAAAUUCCAUUGUUUUAACCUAACUGUAACCUAACUGUAUAGCUUUACAUAUGUUUGAAUAAUUGUCCAGUCCAAUAUGUGUUAAAAUUCAAUGUCAAUAAACUGAACCACUUUCUGUUCUUAAGAAAAACUAUGAGAAGUUAACUGAAGCUAGCAUAUGCAUUAAUUUGAUCAUUGGUUAACGGAGAUUUUAAAAUAACUAUCCCAUUAUUGUAUCGUCUGAUUAAAGAAUUUAUUCUAAAUGCUGGCUUAUAUGUAAGCAUUGUGUUUAAAGCAAGAGCUCCCAACUUUUCAGAAUUCAUUUCUCUGAGAAUUAAAGAGAUCACAUAAUUUCUCCUAAAGCCCCGCCAUAUAAAUAAUAUAAAACUGAAUUUGUGUAACAGAGAGACUGACUGAUUUAAUUGUAAUAAACUGUAAUGGUGUUGCACACUUGACAAACCUGUGUGUACUGUAGAUGGUCAGGGACUUGGCAGAGGAUGUAUCACAGGUGUACUCGUAUCUUAUGAUAGCUUGCAUUGAUUUAAAUACACAAGAAAUGGCAGUGCUGAAACUAUAACAGUGUUUUUCUCAAAGCCAGUUUUCACAUAAUUUAUAUCUACAAAUUGUAAUACCAUAUUAAUCAAAAUUGUAGUAAGUACCAAGAACACUUUAAGAUUCUGGAUAUCUAAUACACAUUUUUAUGGUGGCAAGAUAAUGCCACAUUAAAUAUUUAUUAAUUUAAAGUUUUUUUACAAUAUUUUUUAAUUUAAAACCCCACUUCUCAGCAUUUUUUUAAAAAAAAUCAGGGAAAAUAAGGUAUCAUUUAAGUUACAACAGUAAUGGUUUUAGAGUUCAUGAACUGUAGCCUAAAUGAUAGGCCAUAGAAAUAAUAUAAAGCCAACCCAAGAUGUACGGCCUUUAAAAAUGUGCUAUCUGUGAACAUUGCACCUACUGAAUUCAUUUUUUAAAAUAGCACAACUCUGACUUUGCACUGAACACCUUUCUCACUUUCAUCUCCUCUGCUUUAGUCAAUGGCAACAGUACAAAUAUUCUUAUCAAACCUCAGAAUUUAUUAGAGAUAAUAAAGCUGUUGAAUGAGUCUUAAAAUUUGUACUACUGUAAAGUGGACCAAGUUGUUGAAGGAGAAUGAGAAAGAGAGUGAUUAAAGAAGAAACAGCUCAAGACAAAUGGGAAUGAUAACUUUCCACUUGAGAACUUUUUUAUGUUUUAUUGUAAUAUUUGUGUGUUUUGGAAAAGAAAAUAGUAUUUACAGGUGGCUUCUUUUAAAAUAUAAAAAUAUAAAGCAGGAAUGUAUAUGAAAUGUCAAAUUUUAUUGUAUUUGCAAAGUAUUAGCUUUGAAAAAAAGAACUGUAGUUUUUAAAAUGCCUUAUUAGUAUCAAUUAGAUUUCCUAUAUUUUUGAUGUAACUAGAGCAUUUUAAAUAUAGAAUUUUAAAUGGCAGGACUUUUACAGUGUUUACAUACAAGUGCAUUUUCUUAGUGUCCUAUAUCUGUAAGAUAGUUGUUUGUUUGUUUUUUUUAAAGAAGGAAAAAGAUGGCUAGAACAUUUGGGCUUUUUCUGUUUCCCAUGAACGAUGCCUACUCUUCUAGACUUCAAUUUAGUAUUGCUUUGUAUCAUGAAGCCAAGAAGUUCAGUGUUGAUUGUAAAUAGAAUCAUUGAAAAGCAAUAAAAUUUAUUGAACAAAAAA